GCCUCGCGAAAGGGCGCGCCCGGAGGAAGGAAGGCAGGAGAAAGGAAGCUUGAAGUCAAGAUGGAGACUAGUGGUUUGUCCGCCGCUGCCCUAGCGAACGGGGACUUGGGAUCCCAGCGAGAGCGGACCCUGGUGCCCGAGCGGCUUCAGAAGCGAGAACAUGAGCGGCAACUGGAGGUAGAAAGGCGGAAGCAAAAGCGGCAGGACCAGGAGGUGGAAGAGGAGAAGAGCGACUUUUUCGCCGCCGCCUUCGCUCGGGAGCGAUCGGCCGUGGAAGAGCUUCUGGAAAGCGGGGAGUCCGUCGAGCGGCUGGAAGAGGCGGCCGCUCGGUUGCAGGGGCUUCAGAAACUUAUAAACGACUCGGUUUUGUUCCUGGCCGCCUACGAUUUGCGGCAAGCGCAAGAGGUGUUGGCGCGGCUGCAGGCGGCCCUGGCCAAGCGGCGCCAGGAGCUUCAGCCUAAGAAGCGUUUCGCUUUCAAGACCCGCAAGAAGGAUGCUGCUUCAGCCACGCAAGUAGCUUCGGCUCCCGACGGCCUGGCGGCGGAAGGCAGCCUGACCUCCCCGCCGCCCUUGAAGGAGGAGGGAGAUUUCGACUCCAGCUGGAUCUGCGGCUUCUCCAAUCUGCAGUCCCAAGUCUUGGAGAAGAGAGCUGAGGAGCUGCACCAGCAGGACGUCCUUUUGACCCAACUGAGAAACUGCACGAUCAAACUCUACGGCAAUCCCAACACCCUGCGGCUGACCAAGGCCCAAGGCUGUACGCUGCUCUGCGGCCCGGUGUCCACCUCCGUGUUCCUGGAGGACUGCAGUGACUGCGUGCUGGCCGUGGCCUGCCAGCAGCUCCGCGUACACACCACAAAAGACACCCGCAUCUUCUUGCAGGUGACCAGCAGGGCCAUCAUGGAGGACUGCACCGGGAUCCAGUUCGCCCCCUACACCUGGAGCUACCCGGGCAUCGACAAGGACUUCGAGGGCUCCGGUUUAGACAAGAACAAAAAUAACUGGAACAACGUUGACGAUUUCAACUGGCUGGCCCGGGAUGUGGCCUCUCCAAACUGGAAUGUUCUUCCUGAAGAAGAGCGAAGCAUCCAGUGGGACUAAGCAGUUGUCACUCUUCACUUCCACCAAUACUUCCCUGUGGGACUGAGUCCGGCUCAUGGGACCCCAAAGCUUACUGUCGUCAUGCUAUGUUUUCAUUAUUUUAAAACUUUGAGGUUGACUUUUGAUUUCCAUUAAAUUUUUGGCAGGUGUAGCACUUUAAAGGAUUUUUGCUAUUUUGGUACUGCCUAGGACCUAUUGUUAGACGGUCAUACUUUGAAGCCAUAAGGUGAAAAAGUGUGAUUGUAUGUUGGUUUUUAAUGAUUUUGUGGUGUUUAAAACUUAUUACUUGAUAAAUUAGGCCUUUAAUAAAUAUUUGUUUAAUAAACGAA